UUUACUUUUUUAAAUUUUCGUUUUUCUAAAAUGAUCAAACUCGCAGUCGGAUGCUACACAAAACGGACGAGUUGAUCCGAUUGAAGGAAUGAGAGGACAACAAGACAUUAGUUAAAUACUACAGCACCUGAAAUAAAUUGCUGCAUGUUUCCCAUUGAAUUAUGGAAGAUUUUGUUUAUUCAACAUAUGCAACUUUGUGUUAUGUGUUCAGAAAUGUACAAUAUUACUCGGCGUCUAUCAUCAAGAUAAACUACGAUGUUAUAUCUGGGAUCAUAGCUUUCCUGUCGGAAGUAAUACGUUUGUUUGUUAAAUGCACGAAUGUGACUUUUAAUAUUAUCAUUGCUCUUCUUGAAGCUUCAGUUGACUUUUUAGCAGAAUGUUUCAACUUUUUAAGAGCAUUUUUACAAUUACUUUGGAAAUUCGUGAUACUACUUUUCAGCGUUUUAGAUGUUGUGUUCAGAGGUUUAGAACAAGUGGUUUAUUUCAUUUGGAGUGGUGGAAAAUGGACUGCUGGAACUCUUUCUGCUUCUGUGGAAAAUGUGAAAGUGAUAUCUAUGUCAAUUUUUGAGUAUUUAGAAAUCAUUUGUACUUUUCUUUACGAGAAUGUUUCAAGCGGAUUAUAUAUGUUUGGAACAUGCUCACUGCAUAUAAUAGUAGGUGUGUAUAACAUUACCACAUGGACAUUUUUUAGUGCAGCAUCACUUGUGGACAAUGCUAUGAUAUAUUUUGCAGAUUCUGUCAAAUUUGUUGUGGACUCUGUGUAUGAUGCCUUGACGAACACAUUUCCAAACACUCGGAUUGAAACUUACAUGGGCAUUUUGAUGAUUGUUUUGUUUUAUAUAGCCCUAGUACAUGUUGUAAGCAAGCUGUAUAAUCGAGGGUACACAUUUCCUUGCCCAGGAAAUAUGAACCAUUAUAAUGUUCCGUAUCCAAGGUUUGGAAAUGAAUUUUCUGAUGAUGAAUUUGGUAUGAGUGCAGACGAGGAGAACAAUGACAAUGAAAGUAAUGAUACAGAAAGCUCUAGAGCUUCAGUGGACAAUGAUGAAGAUGAUGAUUUUUCUGAUGGUGAUGAUGAAUUCUCUGAUGAAUCAUCAGAACUAUCUGUUAUGGAUGAGAGUGAUGAGGAGAACUCCUCACAUGAUGAUGAUAGUGAUGAUUCUGUAGAACCUAUUGAUAUUCAGCUUCCUCCAGAGUGUCAAUACAACCUCAGGAGAUCAGCUACCCCCAACAGACAGAAAAGAAAGUCGACUCAAGACAUAGAAAAAGAAAUGGAGCAAGAGCGUGAGAAGCAAAUGUGUGUCGUAUGUCAAGACAAUAAGAAAUCGGUGCUAAUAUUACCAUGUAGACAUAUGUGUUUGUGUGUUGAUUGUGGGAACAGAAUCGCCCGAGCUAGACCACUGACCAGGAGAAUAUGUCCCUUGUGUAGAGAGAAAAUCAGAACAAUCAUGAAUAUAUACCUGUAAAAAUAAUAUUUGUACAUUAUGAUGUCAUGUUUAUUUAAAAUUUAAAUCAGCUUUAGUUUGUAGAACAGGUACAUGCAUGUAGUAUAUUGUACAUUUAUAUGAUUCGAAAUACCAGUUUUUGGUUCCGUAGGAAGACCAAGAGAAUGGCCUACAUUUUUUGCAGUUGGUGAUUUUCUAUUCAACAUGGGGUAUGCUCAGUAUCUUGUGGUUCUUGAUUCAUGACAUUAAUAUUACGAAUACAUAUCAUUUACUAUAUUCAAUUGUAAUUGAAUGCUAUUUGAAGAUUUUUCAUCUUUUUAUCAGUUGUAAUGAGUGAUAAGUGCUACAAUUUUAGUCACUGGUGUCAUUUAUCAUAUGUCCCUACCAAUAUUGUUAAUAAUUUCAUGCUUUCAAGAAAAAUGCUUUAAAAUUUCUAAACUUGUUUCACUCCAUCACUAGAGCCAUAUUCACAUCACUUGACAAAUGCUUCUUGGACCUAAUAAUUGCUCGGUAACACCCCUACCCCAAAGAAAAGAAGAAGGGAAAAAAAACCAUGAUAUGCAGCAAAUUUCAUAUAUAUAUUGUUUAAUAUGAAAACUGCCCAUUUUGAACCUUUGAAAACAUUUUUGUCAUGUUUAAACAGUAAACAGUUUUUGGUAACAGGGAUGGGAGAGGGGGGGGGGGGGUAAAGCUGAAUGUACAGCAGGUGCACUUUUUCAUUUUUGACGUUCAAAAUUUAAAAUAUAGAUCAUUGAAUGUUGAGACAACCAACUGUGUUCUGUAAACAAAGACCCGAUUCUUUUUAUGGUUACAAACCAGUGAAAUACUAAUUUUGUAAUUUUAAAGUAAUUAAUUUUGUACAGUCACAAAUUUAACUUUUAAAUGACACAUUUUACCUAAAGUCUACUUGAAAUGUGAUAUAUAUAAUAAACUUGGAUCGAUAUCCAUUUAUUUUGAAAACUUCAUCAACUAUAACAUAGGUCUUAGUCUUUGUUUUCCAAAAUAGAUUGUAGAUUUUUGAACAUUUGAAGUUAACAAAACAAAAUUGGGGGGGGGGGGGGGGGGGGGAAAUUAUUAAUCAGUUCCUUUAACUCGGCCUGUUGAAAACUGAAUUUCGUAUAUUAUUUAACUUUCUAUGCAGCUCCCUCUGCAUUGCAUUAUUGUAAAAGUGCACAAUCUCAUUAAUAAUAUCACUGCAUGCUUUAAUUGUGUUUUUAAUUUUCAUCUAAAGGUGUCUCAAUUUUUUUGUAGGCCAAAAAUUUAAAUUGUAUUUCUGCUAACAUUCAUGUCAAAAUUAGGGUAGGUCGGUGGGAAAUGAAUAAUUUUUUUCUCAGACUUUAUUUUAAUUAAGAGUACACAAAGAAGCAUUCUGAUUACAAACUCUAUUUAAGUUGCAGGUAUAUUCAUAAAUUGAACAUGAGGGGCUCAUAUUCACUAUCAAUGCAACUUCUAAUUAUGCUUGAUAUUAAUUACCUUUGAAAUAAUUACUAAUGUCAACUCCAAAACAAUGUUUAUUCAAUGAUCUCUUGGAACUAUGUAUUUAAAAAAAAAUGUAGUGCAAGGGCUAUAAUUUAGGGUUGACUGUGAUAACAAAAACAUAGCAAUUUUUAUUUUAGGCCUUGCAGAAAUAAGCUUCAUUUAUUUAUCUAGUUAUCAGUAUCAUUUAGUUAUGAUGUGUGGUUUUGCCAUUAAUGUGUUUUAUAUACCAUUCGCAUUUAUUUUUUCCGUCCCAUUCUGUCCAACUUUAAAAGUCAUUGUGGGGGAGUCUUUAAUUCAUGCAUAUCAAAUAUUCUAAAAUGUAACAUGAGACGUAGCUGCAGAACUGUAGCUCUCAGAGAAAGUAUUGGGACAGAUCUCUGAGAGAGCUACAGUUCUGCAGCUACAUGAGACAUUGCCAUGAACGGUUUGUUAAUCUUGUGUGCAUUCAGCUGUAACCACCCCCAUCUACUCAAUCCAAUCCCGAAGCCAUUCGUUUGAUGUUUUUCACAAAAUCAAAGAAAGCUAUGUAAGCAUGACAAUACACUGUUCAUUGAUGCUAUUUAUGUUAAUCUUAGAACCACAGCAAUAAGACAUUUCACCACCACAUACACAACAGACAUUCAUGUUGUAAGGGGAAUAACUGUAAAAAUGUAGGCCAAAGUGAAAUUCCUGUAUUGAUGCAUACUGAUAAAGAACUCAGCCUGACAAUCAUGUGUUCAAAGGUAAUUCAUAAACAGGAUUAUGUAAAUGAUGAUCGGCACACUGUACAGCAUGCAUUCAAUUCACUCCAUUAUAUGUAAUGCUGUUGUUUUACUUGACUGACAGUUGCAUAGGUAGAAUUUACUGUGUCAUUGCAUGUACAAUGUAUUAGAUAUGAGGAAAGGUUCCAGAUAUUAAAACUAUAAUGCUGUGUAGCUUACAAGUGUGAAGGACUUGCAGAAAGUCGUGCAGCUGUGAAAAAUGUAUGUUUUGAAAGAUAACAUGUAAAAUUUUGUUAGUUUGAUAAAUCAAUGCUAAUGUUUGGAAUGUGCUCGGAUUUAGGGGAGAAAAAUCAGCCUAUGGAAGUGACUAUUUGUUGCAGAAUAUAUUUAGUAGAAGUAUUAUAUUUAAAAAGUACGAUCAUAUAACUAUAUUAUAUUUGGAUGGAGACCAUAGAUCAUCUAGAAACAUUUACAGAAGGUCUGCGACUUCGAGCAGUUUGUUGAUUUGUCAAAGUCUUUAUUUAUGUUCAAAAUCUGGAAAAAUGUGAUUGUGUGUCUACAUUUCCUUUUAUCAUUUUUCAUAAAUUUAUCAAAGAUUUGAUUUUAAUAGUGCUGCAACAUUAAAUAAUUUGCAUAAAAGUUGUUUUGGACUUAAAGUUGUGAGACCUUUUGUAAAAUGGCCCUAGAGGAUUCAAUUUGUAUUUUAGACCCAUAUAAAGUAUUGUUUAUUAAGUUAUUUUUCACUUUUCUAUGGUAUUGAAAGAUUUGCACUUUGAGUAUACUUAGGUAUUUUAGCUGAUUUCUAUUGUGUAUCCACAGCUGAAAGUUUUCAUGUAUUUUAUUUUAGAUUAUCAGAGCUGGUAAUUGUGUAAGAGAUACAGAAAAGUUCAUCUUCCAAGAAUUUUUUCUGUAGUAACGCUUACGGCUGUGGGUUUAUUGAUUGUGCAAAUUAAUUUUUGUUAAGUAUUUUAUUUCAUGUAGGAGGUACCAGUAAGAUCGUGAUUUUUUUUUUAUAUAACUGCAGGUGAAUCUUUAUGCCAAACUUUAUAUAAUGGCUCAUUAAAGCAUCUCAUAUGAAGUAUGAUUUCACCAUUGAAAGAGUGAUACAAACUCUCUUAAGUAUUUAAUGUAAUUAAAUACCUAUUUGUGAUUCUGAAAAAAAAAACUCACAAAAAAUUCAUAUGAAAUAAUUGAGAGCUCUUAAUGACUCUUGAUGGUGAAAUUUCAAAAUAUUUCAUGAGUUGCUGUAACAUAAACCAUUAAAAUUAAGGUUUUGGUGUAGCGAUCCACCAUAAAGGUGUUUCGAUUAUGUUACUGUGGGAAUACAGAAAUUGACACCUAUGAUAAUGAAUGAUAUAAGCAUGGUAUAUAUUAUGAAGGAUAUAUAUAUAUAUACACCCAAGUUUUUGUACGCGAGAAAGCAAUACAGUUUGGUGUUGUAGUUGGUUGCUUAAUAAUGAAUCACCAAUUGUGUUCAGUAUUUGAAUUUACAAUUAAAAUUUGUUAAAAAUG